UGAAAAUAACCGCUGGGCAUAAAAACGCAUCAUGCUAUGGAAAAUCAUCCAUAACCCCAAAAUCAACCCCUUCAUCACUCGCUCGGUAGCGUUCUCUCUUUUCUCUGCUUCGUGUCUACCUGAACCUUCUUCACAAUGACUUCACCAUACCCACCCAACAUCUACCAACCACCAUACCCGCCCACUCCUCAAAUAUACCCUCAACAACCGUAUCAAUCAAACCCCUACCCAAGUCCAGAUCCCCAGUGGCAGCAACACCCCCAAAUGAAUUACGCCGCCCAACCAAUCUCCAUUCAAGACGCGCAAAUGCCCAUCAGAGAAGCAGAAAAACAAGAUGAACCGUGCUGCUGUGCACGUCGAGGCUGCUUCUGGACCUGGUUUGAUUGCAGGACGAUAUGUGUGGAUUGUUGUCCAUCGUGUUGUUUUGCGUGUUGUUGAAGGGAAUGGUGGGGGGCUAGAGG